AUGUCGUCGGCUAGCGCAGCUGCGGAAACGGCGGCGGCGGGGAAAGAAAGGCCGCCGUACGAGAUUAGCAAGGGAAUGAAUGGACUGGAGAAGAUUGUCCUCCGCGACAUCCGCGGUAACUCGGCCGAGAUCUAUCUUUAUGGGGCUCAAGUAACAUCAUGGAAGAAUGAACAUCGGGAGGAGCUGCUUUUUGUGAGCGGCAAGGCCAUUUUCAAACCUCCGAAGGCAAUCCGUGGAGGCAUACCUAUUUGUUUCCCACAGUUUGGGAGUCUUGGGCCUCUCGAGGCUCAUGGAUUUGCUAGAAACAGGAUCUGGGCCAUUGACCCUUCUCCACCUCCUUUUCCGACCACUUCUCCCAAUAAGACAUAUGUGGACUUAAUUCUGAAGCCUACUGAAGAGGAUAUGAAGAUUUGGCCUCAUAGCUUCGAGUUCCGCCUCCGAGUAACUUUGGGACCUUCUGGAGAUCUGAUGUUGACUUCGCGUAUCAGAAACACGAACACUGAUGGAAAGCCUUUUAGUUUCACCUUUGCGUAUCAUACAUACUUUUCUGUUUCUGAUAUCAGUGAAGUGCGUGUUGAAGGAUUAGAGACUUUGGAUUAUCUUGAUAAUCUGCAGGGCAAGCAGCGGUUUACUGAACAAGGGGAUGCAAUCACUUUUGAAUCUGAAGUGGACAAGAUAUAUCUUAGCACACCUACAAAGAUUGCAAUUCUGGACCACGAAAAGAAACGAACAUUUGUCAUUCGCAAAGAUGGUCUCCCUGAUGCCGAAAAUACAAUAAUCUUUCUUUCUGAGUUGUAUCGGCAUUACUUUGUCGAGUUAACUGUUUAUUUUGCUUUGGUGGGGAAUGCUAACAGUGUGUUAUCAAAACUGCAGCCUAACCAAGAAAGCAGUGCCUUGUGA